AUGGCUUUGGGAGAUUUUAACGAGAUAAUGUGGGAUACGGAGAAGGAAGGUAGGGGCAAGCGAUCGGAGUGGCAGAUGGAGGCUUGCCGUUCGGCUGUGGAAAAUGCAGAUCUUCAUGAUUUGGGUUUUACAAGGCCAAAGUUUACGUGGGAGAGAGGCAAUACUGAAAUUAGUAGCAUUCGAGAAAGGCUAGAUAGAGCGGCUACUAACAGAGCGUGGAUGGGAAAGUUUUCUCAUUUUUUGGUAAGAAAUUUGGCUUGUUCAUAUUUGGACCAUUAUCUGCUUUUAGUUACUACUGAAAGGGCUAAAGCUGAGAGACGUUGCUUAUUUGCAAAAAGGAAACAAGUCUUAGAAGCCAUUUGGGCCAAUGAACAUGAUUGCAAAAGUAUAGUGGCAGAAGCUUGGGCAAAUGGUGACAACAAAACAAUGAGAAGAAGGCUACAAUGGACACGUAACCGGCUGUAUGUGUGGGGCAAAGAAAAGUUCCAAGGAUGA